AUUUGUCACAGUGCCCAUUUAUCAAAAUCGAAAUUUACAAUCAGUAUGAUUACCGCAAUAAACGACGAGUAAUUCUAAUUGCCAUUACAGAACACAGUCACGACCACCUGAACAACUGAACUACUGACUGCUGUAUAGAAGUAUGUACUGGAAUGCGAAUUUAUUUUCAUUUUCAUAAACCAAAAAAGAAAUACUUAAAAAGCACUCCCACUACGUAGUGCCAGAAAAGCACAAAGAACCCGAAGCAAGCACUACACCUACCCAAAAGAAGCGACACCAUCACCGAGGCCUAGUUCCACCAUGGCCGCCAAUCUGCUCGCCAACUUGGCCAAGCUGAAGGCCGACAAGCAGGCUCUGCUGAAGAAAAAGCAGGCCGCCACGACCCCAACCUCCGCGCCGGUUCCCUCGCCGAGCAAUGCCAGCGUCGGCGGGACAGCAGCAGCGAGGAUAGGCCUAGGCGGCGGCGGUGGGUCCUCGAGCUCCUCCAGUGCGGGGGGUGCAGCAGGAGCGGCCGCGGGGGCGCACAACAGCACUAAUUUCCAUGCUGGUACUUCUAGCGACACCAGCUCCCCGAUGCAGAUACCAGCCGGGGGGCAGCAGCAGCAGCAGCAGCAGCAGAUCUCCUCCAGUUACAGCUUUGUGCCCCAGAAGGAGAAGUUUUCGCUUAAUCCGGGGUCCGACCAGGACGACGAUGCGUUUCUGAAUCAGGAGUACGACCCGCUAGAGCCGAACAACUACGACGAGAUCGUAAAGAAGCGGAGGCGGGCGCAGCAGAACGCGCAGAUAAAGAAGCACCAGGAGAUAUCCUGAGUAAAAACGUACCCACACCAGAGUCAAGAUGGGGAAUCGGCUAGACAAAUCCACAAGUUUUGGCUGUUUUGCAUGACAAGUUUGGAUUCGUAGUGUAGUGCUGUUUGAGCUAGCUCAGCAGCAUCACAGAUCUAGCACACCAUGCUGAUUGGAGCAUGACAAAUUGCAAAACACGACUAGAAAAUGCUUCUCAUGGAGCUCCGCAUGAGAAACAUUUUCAGCAUGCAGAUUUGCGUUACAGCUCUGGUGUGGGUACGUUUUUACUCAGGAUAGGAGAAGGAACUGGAGCGACAGAGGAAAGCGGCGGAAGCCGCGGCCCCGCCGGAGGACGAUGUAUCACAUGUAAAAAUGUCUGGGUCUGGAAGGUUGGAACUUGUGAUGCUAACUUUGGAUGCUAAAAAAAACUGUAUUGCAUGACCAGCAAGAGGAGCCCAGUUUGUGCUACGCGGGGAGGGCAUUUGUCAUGCGGGAUAGGCAUCAGGAAGGCCUCUAAAAAUAUGUGAUGCUAGAUCAUGCAUUACAGACAUCUUGACUCAUGCAAAAUAUGCAUGACAAACCUUGUAAACUUCCAGACCCAGACAUUUUUACAUUUGAUACGAUGCGGCCACCGCCUACAUGAAAAAAUUCGGCUGGAAGGAGGGCAGCGGGUUGGGGAGGGAGCAACAAGGUAUGAGAAAAAUGAACGGUUGCUUUUUCUUUUUGAUAAUGCUGGCUACACAAUCAAAACCUAUGAAGUCGUCUCUAGCUUGACGACGGCGAAACUGUUCUUCGCGUCGUGUCUCUUUGAGGUGUGAUGUCGCAGGUCACGCACGGGGAGGGAGGAUCUUCUUCUUCUACCCAGCACAAUUCUAUCUCCUCUAGUACAACACAUGAGGAGAAGAAACCAUGAUCAUGAUCCCGCCAGGUAUUACUGCCCCGCUGAUUAUGCGGAAGACAGAUCGCGGCGCGGGGACGGUCGUGCAGGGUACGACGAUGCCGGCCCGGAAAUUCGAUCCGAAAGUCGGCCCAAGCACCGUGGUUGUGCUCAUGAACGCAGUCGGACGCGGGGAGGUUAUCGUGGAGAAAAAUGCAGCUCGAUUUACUGCUGCGAGAGGUGGGGAUAUACUUGUCAUGCUGUUUCAAGAUCUGAUGACAGGUCAGUUGACGGAUAAUACGAAGCUGCUAAUAGUUAUACAUGAUUUUUCAAAGAUGCAUGGCAAGUGCAGAAAGCGCGGCCUCUGCGCAUCAGAACGCUGUGCAUAUGGCUGAGCUUUCUGUACAGAUCAGUACAUCUAACAGAGUAAGCAUCACACAUGAUUUCUAUGCUUGCACGACCACGAGCCGACCAGCAGGAAUACGCGAGACAAAUUUUUCUCUUCUCGAUACCCAUCGACGAAGAUCUGCAGGAGGAGAUGACGGAGGAAGCAGGUACAGAAAUGAUAAUGCGUUCUUGCAAAUAUGUCUGGGUCUGGUUUUGUGGCAUGAGCAGUAGUCUGUAUUGCAUGAAGCGAAUUGAUGACGAGUCUUUUUGUCGCGCUGGGAGGCAGUUUCUCGUUCGAUUUACGAGUGAGUCUGCAUCUGCACUGACGUCGUAGUUCAAAUACUUGUAUAUGCGUUCAUGUUGUCGUACAGAAAAAGGCCUUCUUGUGUAAAGUUUUGCGAAAAAAUUAUUCAGGUAAAUACGGCAAAGUGGUGUCCUGUGUCAUCAAGGAGGCGGCCAAGGACGUGCCCGACAAGGAGUCUGUCCGGAUUUUCCUGGAGUUUGACAGCGUUCAGGGAGGGCAAUUUGCCAAGGCGAAGUUUACAAACCGGUAUUUCGGCGGCCGCUAUGUGAACUGUCUCUUCUACGAGCCAACCCUGUACAAAGCCGGACAGUACUUCGAAAAGCUGUGAAGUUCAUUUUCGAAGGCAUAUAGCAGCUGGCUGUUCGUCUUGCUGUGUCGGGGGAGACGAAAGAUGUGCUGGCAUAGUGCUCUACAACAGCUCGUGACAAUAAAGUUAUGAACACGCUUGAGCAGGACCAAGCGGCAGCGACAAGAAGUAGCCUUCCAGAUCUUCAUGCGACAAAACAGUUAUUCAUAUCCUCCUUCGUGGAGGAUUCCUCGAGGAAGAAGUACUUACUUACUACAUCAAUCCGCCACAUCAGAGUUGUCACUCCGUGGUCGCAGAACUUUGGGGACUGUACUUGGAAGAACGACGACCGCCAUGUUCGUUUCUCU